AUGGCUGUUGUUGAUUUAGAGUCUAGGGAGCACAGGGACCUUCUAGAUUUGAUUGAUAAGCUUCGUUCAAAAGGCAUCAAUCAGUAUGUCGCGCUUCCUGAGAUCGUUGUUACAGGGGAUCAAUCUGCAGGGAAGAGCUCAGUCCUGGAAGCCAUUUCUGGCAUGUCUUUUCCUACCAAGGACAACCUGUGCACUCGGUUUGCCACUGAGCUUAUCCUUAGGCGAUCUUCAAGUGUCGGUGUGAAGAUAUCAAUUCUCCCAGCAGCAUGUCGACCGAUGCCCGAGCAAGAAAAACUGAAACGAUUCCGCCCGGUGGUGGAACAAGGCAGUCUGGAGUUGUCACAUGUGGUUGAACAAGCCAAGUUGGUUAUGGGCAUAACCCCAACCUCUAAAGCUUUCCGAAAUGAUAUCUUGCGAGUUGAGAUUUCUGGGCCCAGCCAGCCUCAUUUAACAAUGGUCGACCUUCCAGGGCUUUUUCAGGCCGGCAACAGCGUGCAAUCCGACGAAGACUCCGAAACUGUGACUAACAUUGCGCUUCGAUAUAUGGAACAACCAAGAAGCAUUAUUCUUGCGGUUGUUUCUGCCAAGAGUGACAUUGCGUUGCAGCAGGUUACUCGACUUGCUCGAAGGUUGGAUCCGGAGGGACGUCGCACUGUUGGCCUCAUUACUAAACCGGAUACAUUAGACGAAGGCUCAGAGAGUGAAGCGGCGUAUAUUCGUCUCGCCCAAAACGAAGAUGUGCGAUUUAAACUGGGCUGGCAUGUUUUGAAGAACCGUGAUUACAAGAUGACGUUGAACAAGGCAACUUCACAGGAGCGCGACGAUGCGGAGAGAGAAUUCUUUUCCAAAGGCCCUUGGGCAGCGCUUGAUCCAUCUAUUGUUGGCGUCAAAGCACUAAAGCCGCGUCUAAGCCAUCUUCUCAAAGACGAAAUACUUCUUCAACUGCCAAACUUGGUCAAGGAUGUCGAGACUGGCAUCAGGAAAUGCAAAAGUCGGCUCAUGAGACUCGGAUCGGCACGAGAGAACAUAUUCGAACAACGCCAAUAUCUUGUUCAUAUUAGCCAGGCAUUUUCUGAUCUGAUGAAAGCAGCAGUCGAUGGAUUUUAUAACGAUCCAUUUUUCGGUAGCUCAAAGUCUGAGGAAGGUUACCAGAAACGACUUCGAGCUGUUGUUCAAGGUUUAUUGAUCGAUUUCAAAGAUAACAUGAACGAAUUCGGCUGCACUAGACAUAUAGUCGACUCUGACGACGAGUCAGACGACGAAGGCAUGACUUUGAGCGGGAACAAAGUGCUUAGAUCAGCCUAUGUCGAGGAAGUCGGGGAACUCAUGAAUCGAAACCGUGGCUGUGAGCUGCCUGGAACCUUUAAUCCACUCAUUGUGGGUGACCUGUUUUUUGAACAGUGCAAGCCAUGGGAGGAUAUUACCGAAAUUCUUUUCAAGAAAGUUUUAGAGUCAGUCAAACGCGUCGCUCACGAAAUCAUCGCCCAUGUCACAGUUGAGUCCACGGCCGCAAAACUGGGACGGUUCAUUAGACCAGCCAUUCAAGUCCUGAGCCAAGAGCUGGAAGCAUCUUUCCAGAGUUUGCUUAAACCGUAUCAGAAAAUACAUCCAAUUACAUACAAUGAAGCGCUCACGGAGAAUGUUCAAAAAGCGCAGGCCGAAAGACGUCGUCGCAAGGUAGAGGCUAGGCUUACCAAGGCAUAUCCUAUUGAGAUGUAUGGAGCCCAAAGACUGACGGUGACCCGACAAGCCAUCUUGGAGAUCUUCACAGCUGAGGAAGACGUGAAUAUGAAGUUGUAUGGUAGUUCCUUGGCUGUGGAUUACCUGCAAGCCUACUACAAUGUAUCACUGAAGAAGUUUAUUGACGACAUCAGCACCCUAGGAGUAGAAUGUUGCCUGAUUCAAAAACUACGAAGUCUUUUUGAACCCCGAGAUAUUUAUAAGAUGAGCGACACAGAAAUACAGCAUCUUGCUGAAGAAGACCCUGCGACAAAGCUAGAGCGGUCGAGAUUGAGGGAGAAGCUCAACAUACUUGACGGAUGCUUGUAUGAACUCAGGGGCUGGGACAAGUUUAAUCCGAACGCAAAAGGUAUAUGA